AUGAAGAUCGUGGUUCUUUCGGGAGGAACGGCCGCUAACGCGAUCCUGCCCGCAUUGGAAUUGCUUGCCGAUGAGCUUAGUUUCGUGUUACCGAUAUCUGAUAAUGGUGGGUCAACUAGUGAGAUUUUACGCGUUGUGGGCGGACCAGCGAUAGGCGACGUAAGGUCGCGGAUCGUGAGUUUGGUCCAAGACGAGAAACUGCGCAGUUUGCUCGGAUACCGGUUACCUGAGGACCAAGUGAGUGCGAAACAAGAAUGGAACUUGAUCGUAGAGGGAACGCAUGAGAUAUGGCGCGGGUUUGCAAGCGAAGUGAAAGAGAUAUGUCGGUCGUUCCUGGUCCAUAUUCAAGCGGAAUUGCUCAAAAAACAAAAGAGUUCCGCACCGUUCCAGUUCGAGAAGGCCAGCGUGGGCAACCUGUUUUUGACCGGGGCUCGGUUGUUUCUCGGAUCGCUGGACGCCGCAAUCGAGUUGAUGUUGCGGGUGUGUCGAUGCGACGAACGCAUGAGCGUAAUUCCCUGUAUCAACACGAACCAUACGCAUCACAUCUCUGCUUUACUCGCGAACGGCGAAGUGAUUACGGGCCAAUCGCAGAUCUCGCAUCCAGCGAAGCGCAACGGGAACCGAGGGGCCGAGCGAGACGCGAGCAGCAGCCCCCGUAGCGGACAAAAUUCGCUGCUGGGACCCGAUGCAGUGGUACAACUCAGCGCGAGCGCCUUAGGCGCUGAUCACGACACCGAGGACAACGAAGAAGAAUUCGCAUACCCAGGUUACAUCCAUCCGGCACUCAAAUUAUCGCAAUUGCAUUUCGACAAAGUGGAGCUCGCAGACAACCCAUUACUGCCUGCCGCGGUACAGCGCAUCUUCUACAUUAACCCGUAUGGGGAAGAGGUGUUACCACUGGGCAGUAGUCGAGCGAUUCCUAAACUCAAGCACUGUGACCUCGUCUUAUUCUCGAUUGGUUCGCUCAUGACCAGCUUAUUGCCUAUUACGAUCCUGGGUAACAUUGCCGAAUCCAUCUUUGAAAACCGUGGUGCUCGGAAAGUCCUGCUCGUGAACAACAAAUACGACCGUGAAACUUCCGGGCUAGACGGUGCACAUUUCGUGCACAUGAUCGUCGACUCGAUGCACCGCGCGAUCUGCAAUCACAGCCAGCGAAGACGAGGCUCUCCCGCGAGUCCUUCUUCUCGAGACGGCAGCGAACUCGCUUGGUCCGAUUUUGUCACCGAUGUGGUUUAUCUGAAAUACGGUGAAAUCCACGUCGACACUAAGCUCCUCAACGCGCGUGGUAUUCGUACCCACGCCAUUGCAUCUGAAAAGUUUGAAAACGACAAGCUUUACGAAAUUUUACAUCGAUUGACAUCCGGUGAGGCCUCUGAUUGCCUACAUACUGACGGUGAUAAGUUGUAA